AUGGUUGCCGAGCCCGGUAGGUAUGGUCGAAAGGCCAAGAGAAGGCGAAGAGCAAAACAGGCAAGAAGCAGGGAAAGAGCAAAGAGCCAGAAGUCCACCCAUACUCAAGUGAAGCGGGUCAGGGAAAUGUCUGACUUGAAGAAGUAUAUCCUGAUCUGGGACUGGUUGGUAGCGUUUGCCUCGACACCCGCUGAAACGUCUAUGAGCAAUGCCCCGGCAAUCAACCAUACGAGGCCUCGUAACCAGCCAUUUGAAGCAUUCGCUCCAAAACUCCCAUUAAUGAUCUAA